CAGAAGCAGCUUCGUACGGUUCGAGCUGUCAUCGUCGUUAGUGUACGAAAAUUACGGGUAUGGUAUACCGCUUCUCUGUAAGUUGACUUUAGUCGUUCACGCAUCGAAGGAAAGUUUCACGAUCGAAAAAGUCGUAUAAGUAUUUGUGCACGAGACAACUGUUCCGUGUCCACGAGAGCCAGGAGAAUCAUUCGACAUUGAUCAGCGUCGCACGUUCGGAAACAGUCAAAGAGUACACAUGUCGUGAAUUACAGCUGUCAUUCCGGAAGAGUAAACAGAACGAGUUUUCGUCCUCCGACUCGGACACACGCGUGUUUAAAAUGUCCGUAACCGAGGAAAGAAUUCAAGAACUGAAUAAACGAUUUCUCGAGUUCGUGAGCAAAAGUGAAAAUGUUGAAUCGGCUACGAAAGAAAUUUACGAAGAUUUACUCGACGAGGUCUUGAUGGGUUUUGUUUUCGAUGUACAUCGAACUACGAAAACGGGUAGUUCCGAUGUCGAGGAGGGUAUACCCGAUGACGAAUCGUAUGCCAUUAUAGAUUCCCCAGGAUUGGACGUGUUCGGACAGCACCCUGUCAAGAAAUCUCAAGAAUGCAAUUGCCCGAAUUGCGAUCGGGGAGUGGCAGCUUGUCGUUUUGCAACGCAUUUAGAAAAAUGCAUGGGCAUGGGACGAAACAGUUCGCGAAUCGCGUCGAGGCGUAUAGCGAAUAACUCGAAGGAUCUCAGCAACUUCGGCGGUGUAAUAAGCGACGACGACGACGACGUCGAUUGGAGUUUAAAUAAUGAUAAACGUAAACGUAGAAAAGAUCGUAAUGGUAUCAAGAGAACAAAACAACAGAAGAAUAAUCAGAGAAACGGGGACAGCAUGAACGAACAUAUUCAUAGCAGCAAUGAAAAUUCUCCAUCAAACUAUGAGAACAUGUCCUUGGAGGAUAAGAGAAUUUUGUUAACACAAAUUUGUGGUGUAAUAUCGGAACACACUAAGAAAUUGUGCACAAGAUCUAUGCGUUGUCCACAGCACACAGAAGAUCAAAGAAAAGAGAUGAGGGCAAAUUUAGAAUCUGGUAUUAAUACACAAACUGCUCAAGAUAAUCUUCAUGUAGAUGUAGACACCUAUGAAGAGGGUGACGGACAGAAUUUAAGGGAAGCUUUGGCUCGUUGGGAUCGGGAAGGCUCGAGUCAUUCAAGCCCAGCAGAUUCUACGUCUACUACAUCAACUUCAUCUAUCAGUAGAAAACGAGAAACAAAGACAAAAGGCAAGGGCAAAGGAUCCAAGCGUGACCGUGGUUCCCCUAUUUCUCAAGGCGAUUGAAAUAUUGUAUCUAAUUUAUUUUCUAGGUGUAUAAACUGUCUGACAGAAAAAGUUGUGUAAUGUUAAUGUUCCUAUGCUUGUACAAAGCUUCAAAAAUACAUUG